UCGCUCGAGCAGUUAGUUGCCUUUAAUCGGGCCUAAAGCAUAGACAGGGCUACUUGUUGGUCGCCACGGUAUAUUCCUUUGAGCCUUUCCCUCUCGCUGAGAAUGAACAGCUUCAGUAUCGUGAAUUUUUACCGUAGUAGUAUCUUUUCGUGUGUUUUAAACAAAAAAGGUUAUCAACGAUUUCGAAAUUUUCCCUGUUCGAGAAACAUUAAUCGUGUCUGAGACUUUUUGAAUAAAGGUGGUUAUUUUUUUUUUUCACCGUAUUUAUAUAAGUCGCGCAUUCUCCAUAAGAAACGCGCCGGGAGAGAUUCUCGGGGAUUUUUUUUUUUUCUUAGCAGCCGGAAGGCCGGUUGCUUUACAUUUAAAUUUAAUUAUAAAACGUGCAGCGAUAAAGUGCAACUGUGAUUUUUGAAUUUGGAUUAUUUCAAGACAUCAAACAAGACAAAAUGCAAGUAGUAUGGUCAGCAGAUGGUUUUAGUGCAUUUGAUUUGCAUUUGGAUAGUGCAACAACAGUAGUAUCGGAUGAUGUUUGGAAGAAAUUCGAUCUCGAUCUUACUCAAGAUUAUCAAAAAUACAGUGAAAGUCCAAAUCCAUUUGAUGAUUUUCCAUUUUUUGGUGCUGAUUGUUUAAGUUCAUCAGAAAUUAGACAUCAUGAUUGUAUGUGGGCUGGUCUUUGUAUCAGUAAAGAACACAAUAGUACAAUGGCAACGAAAAAGAAUCCAAAAAUGCAUAAAAAAGCAGUACCCGCUGGUCGAAGUCUCUUGAUACCAAAAAAUGAGACAUCACCUCAUUUACAUCAUCAACAACAAAGUCAACAACAACAACAACAACAACAGUCAUUUUGUCGAACAAAAAGUUUAGAAAGUGAUGGAGAUUCAACGAGACCUGAAACACCACAAAGUACUGAUUCUGAUGCAGAAUCAGAUUAUGAACCACCAAUUUUUAGACACGAUCAGAUUAGCAUCAAUGAAAAACUUUCGGAAUGUUUUCCCGAUGCUGUUGUUAAAGCUGCACCUGUGAGCGUUGUCACUGGUCAACAAGUGAGAACACCAAGGAAACCAAUUAAAAAUGAGAACAUCAUUAAGGAGGAACCUGACAUCAGGCAUACACUCAGCGAUCACUGCUAUCAUCUUAAUCAACCUGCAGUUACCCAAAGGCUCGAACAUCUUGGGGUUCAAACACCUUCCGAAUCCGGCUCAACUGGGUUUAGUUCAGAAACCGAGGAAGAAAUUGACGUGGUGUCCUAUGAGAAGCCCUGUAGACAAACGGUCGUUUUACCCACAAUGCCAAGUAUAGAAGUUGAAUCGAAAUUUCAAACAUCAGUGGUAAAAACUGUUUUAAAAGAAAAGCCAACAAGGCCACGUGGUCGACCGCCAUUAGCAGCAAAUGCACGAAAACGUGGUGCACCAACAUCAACGCCAAUAACACCACCGGCAGAGACAAAACGUUCAAAACGCAGUAGUAAAACAGCAACAACAUCGCCAUCAUUGUCAUCAUCAUCGUCGUCGUCGUCGUCGUUGUCGUUGUCACAACAUCAAAAACGCAACAAAUAUAGUGAUAUUGAUGAUAUUCCAUUAGCGCCAACGAAUGGAAUAAAAUGUAUUCCACCAUCAAGAAGUUCAUCAGAUUCAGAGCCAGACACUGAAAAAAGAAGUUUGCACAAUAAUAUGGAACGACAAAGGCGGAUAGAUCUGAGAAAAGCAUUUGAAGAUUUGAGACUAAUGGUACCAGGUGUUGAACGCAAUGAAAAAGCUCCCAAAGUUUCAAUAUUGAGACAGGCAGCUUCCUACUGUGAUAUGCUUUAUAAGCAGGAUCUUGAGAUCCAUGAAUUACGAUUAGAACAAGAGAGGCUAUUAGCCAGGGUCUCUCAAUUGCGAAGAGAGUGUCGUGUCGCACGUUGAAUGUCUUGAAAAAUAUACAUAGGGAUUCAUUUCAUAAUUUUUUUUUUUUUCCUUCUUUUUUUUUUUUCUUGUUAGUGUUAUAUAUAGCAUUUAAUACGGCUGUGGUUCAGAUGUUUCGGCGCUCUGAAUCCGAAUUUUUUUUUUUUUUUUUUUUUUGUACAGGAUUCAUUUUUUUUUUCCACAGACCUCGAAAAAAGUGGCUGGACCACAGAGGCAUUACAUACAGUUGAUAAAAGAAUUUUUUUUUUUUUUCCUUCUCAUUUAUAUUGACUCCUGAUCUUUAUGAUAUUAGAUCUCUGUAGUGAGGAGAAACUGUCGCGUUGAUUUUGUUUCUUUUUUUUUUCAGUACGAAUUGAAAUUUUUUUUAUAAUAUUUAAUAUUAAUAUUUUGAUUCAACAUAAUGAAUUUAAGAAAUUAUGAUAAAAAAAGAGUACAUAUUUUGAAUAUUGAUUUGUCUAAUGAUUUUUGAGUAAUAAAAUUGAUUUUUUUUUUUUAAUUUAAGAGACGAUUUUGAAUAUUGACAAUAUUUUCGAAUUUGAUAUUGCGAAUUUUUUUUAAUUAUAAACAUUUUUCAUUUCUAUAAAAAUUUGUCAAUUACUCACAAAAUCAUAGUUUGUUUGUUUGUUUUUUUUUUGUCAAUAUUCAAAAUCGUAAAUCUUGAUUUUUUUUUUGGUCAAUUGUGAAAAAAUUCGUACUGGAAAUGGAAAAAUGAAAUAAAAAUAAAUAAAAUGAAGAUUGCUUCCUAUUAUCUUUGCUAAACUCUCUCUCUCUCUCUCUCUCUUUUGUCCUGAGAAGUAUACAUAUUUUUCUGAUUAUUUGGACAGAGAGGGGAAUUAUUGCUUUAUAAUAAUCCUCUAUGACGAGGUUAUUAUUUUUUUUUUGUAGUUCGGGGCCUAAUAAAAGAGAUAUACACUUUGUAUAUAGAAAUAAAAACAACUUUCGCGAAGUUGUCGACAAAUUUUUUUGUCUUGAUAUAUCAUAUAAGUAGAUAGGUACAAAAUAGAUAAUGAAUUAUUUUGUAUUUAAUGAAAUGAUGAUGAUGAUGAUGAUGAUGAAGAAAAAAAAAAUGUGUUUACAUUUCUAAUAAGGAAAGAAUUUUUGAAUUUCUUUUUUUUUUCGUUUGUUUGUAUGGAGCAAUCGCUGUGCGAUUUGCACAUUAUUAGAAAGAGGAAAGAAAUAACGCACAGAGAAAUGUUAAACACAGUAACGCGUGAGUCAGAUAGAUAGGUCAACUAUUAUAUAUAUAUAUAUAUAUAUAUUAAUAAUGAGCAUUUUGUUUGUUUUUCUCUAUUUUUUUUCUAUUUUUUUUUUUUUUUUUUUUUUUUUUAUAUAUAAAAUAACUUAAUUUUGGUCUUUCAACGCCAUCACAUUUAUCCAUUUGUGUUUUUAGUUUCAUAUAUAUUUUUUUUUUCAAAGAAAGUGAAAAAAAACAAUUAUUGUUCACUGGACUUGGAGAUCGGUGAGUGAUUUCUUUUUUUUACAGUAGGCUGGACCAAAGUUUGAUUAGUUUAAUAAAAAAAAAGCGAUUUUCUCGUUUUGAAUAAUUUUUUUUUUUUUUUUUUUUUUUUUUGGUAGAUACAUUUUUUAUACGUUUGCUCUGGUAAAAAUUUUUUUUUUUUUUGAAAGAUUUUUUAAGUAAUGUUAAAAAAAAAAUAUAUAUAUAUCGUCAUUCAUUUUUAAAUCCCUUGUCUAGUGAUUAGAAAAACAAAUUGAUACGUAAGAAUAUCGAUUGAUAUAUAAAAAGUUUUUUUUAUAAUUUGAAAUUUCGAUAUUCUUUCGUGGCUUUUGGAUACGUUUUUUUUACGUGUAUAUUGUAUAUAUAUAUCUAUAGUUUGAUACACGUACUUGUACAUAAGUUUUCUACAUAUAUAAAAAAUAUAUAUGUAUAUCUAUUACAUUCGCUAAUCAGUAAGUAAUUACUGAUCAAAUAUUGAAUGCUAAUAUUAUUAUUAUUAUUGUUAUUAUUUUAGUUAAUUAUACCAUUGCAUUGAUGUUUCUUACAUACGACUUUUUUACAUUAUUGUCACUUAUAAGGUUUUUUUUUCUUUUUUUUUUAUUUUUUUAAAAAUAUUUUCGAAAAAAAACGAACUUUAAUUAGAAAGAAAUGCGCGUAUCGACUUUAGGUAAUUUAUCAAAUCGGAUUAUUACCAACGUAUAUAUAUACAUAUAUAUAUAUACACACAUAAUAAAAAUAAUUCUAAGGUGAUCGCAAGUGCUGUGCGAGAAAGGGAGAAAUAAAAAAAAAAAACGAGGAAAGAGGAGAAAGUUAUGGAAUAAAUCGAGAGAGUGAGUGAGAGAGAAAAAAUGUGUUCAUUAUAUUUAUAGAUAACAGUAUUCAAUUUUUAAACAAUUUUUUUUUUUCAGUAAAUGCAAAAGUUGAAAUAGAGAAUGUAUAGUCACAGAUAAAUAUUAAUCAAUUAACACUGGGAAAAUAUUUUUAUCAGUCAAAUAAUUACUUAACAAAUUAGAUAAUAUAUAUAUAUAUAUAUAUAUAUGAACAAAAAUUUUUCUUCGUCAAAUUAAAUAUUUUUUUUUGCAAACUUUUAUAAUAAAUUUUUCUUUAAAUCCAAUAAAUUUUUCCAUUUGAUAAAAUUUUUUUUUUCUCUCUCUUUUAUAUCAAAACUAAAAAUUUAUGAAAUAUUUAUUUGAUUUGUCAAAAUUGAUAAUAAUUAUUUUACUAAAAUAAAUAUUUUUCCAGUUUUUAUAUACAUUUACAAAAAAACAAUACACACACACACACAGGCGAUAAAAAUUUAUGGAGAACACAAGUGCGAAUGAAAGUAAUAAUGAAUGUUUGCAGUGGGAAAAAAGUGAGUGUGAAAAUUUUUCGCGUACACAAUUUUUCAAAAAAAAAAAAAAAAAAAAAAAAAAAAAAUAAAAAAAAAAAUUAAUAAAAAAA